UUUGGAUUUUUGUUUUGGUAAAGAUCGUUAGAUCUGGAUCUAAUAUAAUAACAUGUAGAUCUAAAAUGCAAUGGCCUUAAAGAAGAAAGUAGCUAGUAUGGUAGUCGACAGUAAAGCACAGGAGCUUUCUCAGCUCAGUAGUGAACUACACAGAAACCCUGAGCUUGGUUCUGAAGAGUUCAAGGCUCAUGAAUUACUGACAAAUUUCCUUGAGAAGGAAGGUUUCACUGUAGAACGCUCCUACACUGGUAUCGAAACAGCUUUCAGGGCCACCUUUGGCUCUGGGAGACCCAAUGUGUGUGUGAUCUGUGAGUACGAUGCUCUGCCUGAAAUCGGUCAUGCAUGUGGACACAACCUCAUAGCAGAGGCUGGAAUUGCCGCUGGUUUGGGUUUGAAAGCUAUUCUAGAACCGAGUGAUGCCUCGAAGGGAACAGUAAUUGUGAUGGGCACUCCUGCUGAAGAAACUACUGGUGGAAAAUUAAAUUUGAUAGAAAAUGGAGCCUUCAACGAUAUUGAUAUUGCCAUGAUGGUCCACCCUUUUCCUCUGAAUAUUGUUCAACCGGACUUUAUCUGCUCAGCUACGAGAAUUGUUACUUACACUGGCAAGGCGGCCCACGCUGCUGCAUUUCCCUGGGAAGGAGUGAACGCACUGGAUGCAGCUGUGAUGGCCUACACCUCUAUCUCUGCCCUCAGACAGCAAAUGAAGCCAACUUGGAAAGUCCAUGGAAUCAUCACCAACGGAGGAGCCAAACCAAACAUCAUACCAGAGAAAGCUGCUAUGGAGUACUAUAUUCGAGCACCAACUAAAACUGAACUUGUUACACUAGUUGAAAAGGUUACUUCAUGUUUUGAAAGUGCUGCUUUGGCAACUGGAUGUCAAGUGGAAAUAAAUACGCCUUGUGCAGAUUUCUUGAAUAUUGUUCAUAACCCAACUCUUUCCGAUCUCUACCUGAAGAAUUUGACAGAGCUAGGAGAGAAAAGCACAGAGAUGAUAUCUGAUUCUCCUGUGAAAGCCUCUACUGAUAUGGGUAAUGUCUCACACGUUGUACCCUCGAUUCAUCCCAUAUACGCUAUCGGCUCCGGUGAAAUGAACCACACUCGAGAAUUCACUGCCGUGACCAACACCCCUGAGGCGCACACAGCUACUCUGACUGCUGCCAAGGCCAUGGCUCACACAUGCAUCGAUGUGCUCACUACUAGCGGACUGUUAGAGAAGAUAAAGCACGAAAAACAAACUACAAAUGUUAGCUGAUAAUAGUCAUUCAUUUUUGUGGUGCCGUUGCCCGCUCAUGAAAAGCAGUUGUCUACUUGCAUGAACUGCAGCACCCUCA